AUGCUUGAAGUUGAAAUAACACAACAACGUUCGAUUCAUACAACCAAAUGGGAGAUUGUUCUAGGCAUGUCUCUACAUCAAGUCAUCAAGUUGCUUAAGCAAAAUGACGAUCAAAUCAAGUCAGUGACUUUGGUUUACAAUGACAAAGAUCCAUUAAGUGCUGAUUAUACAUUGAAUCUAUCAAACGACAGCAUUCUACUUCAUUUUGAUUCAGUUACUCAGCGAUUAAAACUUAUCGAAUUAUAUGAUUUGAAGAAGGUGAAACUGAAAUACUUUGGCAAUUGCUUCAACAGUCCUCAAAUCGUACCAACGAUUGAAAAUAUCAAUGAAAUUUUUGGACCGACAAGACCCGGUGAUUAUAACCGCGAAAGUCAAUCAUUUCUAAUGCAUUUUCCUGGCUUGACAUUCUUUUUCAAUCAAAUUGGUCCACAAGUUGAAACAAAAUCAAUGCAUGGUCUUCAUUCUCUUCAAUUUCCACCGGGUCAAUCGCCCGUUGUUUCGAAAAUAUACAUCUAUUACGGAAAUGUUCCAUUAGAAUUCAGUGUUCCACCAUUGCCAGUUAAUUGCUUUAACCGAUCGGUAUUUCUUGAUAGACUAUCAAAUUUGAUAGAGAAUCAAAAGACUAUCGGAUUAACAUGUCGCUUGAUGGUAGAAGGUAUGCAAAGUCAUGCACCGAAAACGUAUGAUCCCGAUGAUCAUAUUGAUUAUCUUGAUGCAACUGUUCAUUUUGAUGAUACUUGUCAGGAUGUUCUUUCCGUUAUCGGAAGUCCUAAUAGUGUGUAUUACAAGACGGAUGAUAAGAUAAAAAUUCAUAGUCCAUCACCAACAAACUCUGGAAAUCAACGCUCGCAGGAUAAAUCUGAUUUCUACUACAAUUACGUUAACUUUGGCAUGGAUAUCUUAUUUGAUGGACAAAGUCAUACAGUGAAGAAAUUUAUUUUACAUACCAAUUUUCCUUGCCAUUAUCUUUUCGAUAGUUAUUUCCCGUGCAAUUUUGAAUUAACUGUACGAAAUCAUGUGACAGGAAAAGAAAUCGUGGUUACACCAUCUACACGAUGGCCAGCUAUACAAGAAAUCUUUGAAAAUCGAAAUCCACCUGCUAUUCUUCAUCGUUCAUCAUCAACAAAUACAACAAAUCCAUUUGGACCAACAUUCUGUCAUCUAGUUAACGAUGACAUGAUCUUUGAAGUCAUGUCCAAUGGUUACAUUGCUUCAAUAAGUUUUUUUAACGAACGCGAUUGA